AUGUUUGUACAGCUGUACCCUGCAUUUUCCAAUCAAGAGAGGCUAGGGAAUACACUAAUGAGCUUUUCACGCAAACCCAGAGAACAUGCCCAGGUGCCAGUGAGCCAGGUGUUCGGCCAGGACGAGAUGAUUGAUGUCAUUGGAGUGACCAAGGGAAAGGGUUACAAAGGGGUCACCAGCCGCUGGCACACCAAGAAGCUGCCCCGCAAGACCCACAGAGGGCUGCGUAAGGUCACCUGUAUUGGGGCCUGGCAUCCUGCCCGAGUGGCCUUCUCCGUGGCCCGUGCUGGGCAGGAGGGCUACCAUCACCGCACGGAGAUCAACAAGAAAAUCUACAAGAUUGGCCAAGGCUACGUUAUCAAGGACGGCAAGCUGAUCAAAAACAAUGCCUCCACUGACUACGAUCUCUCAGACAAGAGCAUCAAUCCUCUGGGUGGCUUUGUCCACUAUGGUGAAGUGACCAACGACUUUGUUAUGCUGAAAGACUGUGUGGUGGGGACCAAGAAGCGAGUGCUGACUCUCCGCAAGUCCUUGCUGGUGCAGACCAAACGCCGGGCUCUGGAGAAGAUUGAUCUCAAGUUCAUCGACACCACCUCCAAGUUUGGCCAUGGCCGCUUCCAGACAAUGGAGGAGAAGAAGGCCUUCAUGGGACCACUUAAGAAAGACCGCAUUGCAAAAGAAGAAGGUGCCUAA